ACAAGUACAGUCACUACAACAGCAUGACGUAUUUAAACUGGACUGAUAGGAUCUAACCUGUCCAAUAUAUCAGCGCCAUAUAUCUGUGUAUACCGUGUCUGGACGUUGUGUCAUCAAGACGCAGUUAUGUCCGAUAUCAAGGAAGCUCCCGACAGGGCCACUUGGGGAUCGCAAGUGGAGUUCAUACUAACAUGCGUAGGAUGCGCUGUUGGACUUGGCAAUGUGUGGAGGUUUCCGUAUCUAGCAUAUAAGGAUGGAGGAGGUGCUUUUCUACUGCCGUACUUCUUGAGCCUGUUUCUGCUGGGAAUUCCGCUGUUUGCACUUGAUAUCAACCUCGGACAGUUCGCCAGUGUCGGACCACUCAAAAUAUGGCGCUUGAGUCCUAUUUUCAGAGGUCUUGGUAUUGCCAUGGUAACUGUGACAUCAUUCAUCAUGAUCUACUACAGUGUUGUCAUCGCGCAGUUCAUCUACUUCCUGUGUGCGUCGAUGGCGUCAGAGCUCCCGUGGAGCACAUGUCUUCAUGAGUGGAAUACCUGUUCCUGUCGCAUCGAUGCCAACGAUACGUCGUACUUGAACAACACCAACAUCAACUGCAGUGAUCAGGGUUUUGUUUUCCCAAAUGCAACUCGUUCACCCAGUGAAGAGUAUUACAAUUUCCAUGUUCUGGAGGUGUCGGACGGUAUCGGCUCCGUGGGAAAGAUGAAGUGGGAGUUAACUCUGUGUAACCUCCUGUCCUGGGCUGUCUGCUGCAUCCUCAUCAUCAAGGGAAUCAAGUCACUGGGGAAGGUCAUCUACGUCUUCACUGUCCUGCCCUACAUUCUACUGACUGUAAUGCUUGUUCGGGGCCUGACUUUGGAUGGGUACCUGGAGGGCGUCAAGUACUACAUCACCCCACAACCAGAAAAACUGUCAUCUGCAUCUGUGUGGGGAGAUGCAGCAGUACAGAUCUUCUUCUCGACGAGUACCUGCUCCGGAUCCCUCAUAGCGAUGGCUAGUUACAACAAGUUCAAUAACAACACCCUCAGGGAUGCGAUGUUGAUACCCCUAAUUAACUGCCUUACAAGUUUCUUUGCUGGAUUCGCAAUAUUCUCUGUGCUCGGUUUCAUGGCGUACACAAAAAACGUGGACGUUGCGGACGUGACAGCACAAGGACCCGGCCUGGUGUUCAUUGUGUAUCCCGAAGCUCUGUCCAGGAUGCCGAUUCCACCUCUGUGGUCCAUCCUCUUCUUCAUCAUGUUGAUCACACUCGGAUGGAGCUCUAUGAUAUCUGGAGUAGAGUCCGUCCUUACAUCCAUCAUUGAUGUAUUCCCUCAACUGGCGAAGGGCAGAAAUAACUAUCUGUUGCGAAUAGGUGCGUGUUUGCUAGGCUUCCUUCUCGGUCUUCCUCAAGUCACACAGGGGGGGAGCUAUAUCCUGAACCUGAUGGAUACGUUUGUAGGCGGAUUUCCACUCCUCAUCAUUGGUCUCACAGAAAUUGUGGCCGUCAUUUUUGUAUAUGGUAUUCGCCGAUUCAAAGACGAUGUUCGGAUGAUGACUGGGUCCCGUAUGAACAUUGUGGGAACCAUCGUGUACUACUACUUCCUGUUGUGCUGGGGAAUUAUCUCCCCUGUGCUGCUGGUGGUUGUCAUAGUCUUCAAGAGCAUGCAGUACACCCCCAUUACUGGCCCCGGGUAUCCCGAGUGGUCUGAAGCCCUGGGGUGGCUGAUAGUGGCGGCUAUCCUCAUCUCCAUACCGGCGUGGUACUGUGGCUAUUUCUGCUACAAGGGAGGGUUCGAGGUAUGGUGGAAUCUCAAUAGGCCACUUGAGAAUUGGGGCCCCAAGCGGGAUGAAAACAAACAUGGGCGCUAUUCCUCCCAGUUAGGAAUGCCUCUACCAACACUGGAGAAUGCAUGUGUGGGUUCAGGCGAAAAGGGCGGUGGCUUCAUCAAUGGUGGCUAUGAAGAAGCGAAAAGCAAAUUUUAGAAACAUCGACACAAGGACAUGAUGUACAUGACACACACAAGGCCGUCGUGUACAUGGUCAUCAUCUGUUCAUCCACUGUACGUCUAAAACGUCAUUCAGAGAUAAAAAAUUGUUGUCUACAGCAUUUCAUUGACUGCAAGAUAACCCCAAAGCCAUUGAUCUACAUGAUGAAAAACCAGGCCCUUCAGUAAGUUGCUUACAUAAGUUACACCAGAUUUAUAAACAUCCUUGGUCUCAA